AUGGCUCAGCCCCUCAAUCAGUCCGAUAUCAUCUUUCCCCAUCUCUCGAACACCCCAAACUUUUCCAGUACCUUGUCUUCACUCAAGCGCUCGGCUUUGUCCGUUACCAACCGCCUCACUUCCAUCACAAAGGACAGCGAGUUUGUGACCAACGUAGCAGCAUCUUAUGGGUUGCCUCUUGUCGCAAACGAACGUUGUGGGAGUUGGUACAUCCCUCUGGACCUGAAAGCUUCGAGCGUCUACUUCAAAAGCACAGACGGUCACAUGGGCGAAUGGGCGUUCAGUCUACGGAGGCUCAACCUACAACUCUUGGAUGUGGUCAGCCAACAUGGAGGAUGUGUGAUUGUGGACUCAACAAGAAGAGGGAAGAGUAUGCCUGAUGCCCUCAGUAAGACAGUGCCGUUCUGGUGUUGCGUUAUCAAUAGGGCAGUGUUUGGCGCCGAGAAGAGAGGUGACGAAGCCUUGAACCUGUGCACGCCACCAACUGCGGUAUCUGAGAGCGAGAAUUCUCAAAUGGAGAGAAGAGUCAAUGGCUUCGUACAGCAGUUUCUGGAUAUCUGCAAACCCGACAUUCCAUCACUCCGAUCGAAACUACAGAAACCUCUUCGUCCACUAUGGGUAACGCAGACUUCGACUCUUCCACACGCUAUACCGGACUUCCCGGACUUCCACCCUGUUGUUCUCUGUACUGCAUCUCGUCGCGUUCGCGGCGCCGAGGCGUCAGAAGGUGGGUAUGUUCAGGGCGCGGCAGACGACCAUGAGGCUUGGUCACAUGGGUUGACACCGCCAUUGUUCUGGAGUAACAAAGAUGAACUGCUUCGCACGAACGAAGAAGAUCUUCCCAACAAUAUCGCAGAGCUGGUCAGCCAGGAACGAGGGACUGACGCAGUAUUCACUCUAAUCAACCCGACAAGCAAUCUGUACGCGUCUGCGAGCCAAAAUGUCGACCUCGCAACAUUCGAUACAGUGAUAAGCUGUACAUCCGAGCCACUGCCACAUGCUCUUUUGAGGAGCGCGGGAGUGAGAGCGUACUUGCACCUCCCCUGUCAGACCGGCAAACUCGGCUCUCGAGACCUACGGAUCCAACUUCCCGCCAUACGCCUCCUUGCAUCCGCUUCUCAUGCCAAAAACACAGAAAGUUCACCAAAAACAUUGAUAUGUUGCCCAACAGGCAAAGACCUCUCAGUCGGUACAGCACUCGCGUACCUGUGUCUGUACGUUAACGAUGACGGCACCGUAAACUACUGGCAAGCACGAGAACCUAGGGACAUCGACAAGACAUUGAUCAAGCAACGCCUCAGUUGGAUCACGACCAGCAACCCGGCCCUCAACCCCAGCCGCGCGACACUGCAGAGCGUUAACAGCGUGUUAAUGUCAAGCGAGCCUCUGAAGUCAGCACUCCCAGAGAUAAAGGACCCAGCAAAAUACGACUCAACCUGGACCCCGCUGCCACAGCCUCCAAGCUCAGAACUCGCCACCUUCCAACUCACCGACACCACGCCCACCACCCCCAGCCCCCCGAACCCUAACGAAGAGGAGCCUUCACAACCGCACAAGCAACUCCCAACCCGUCCGCAAACGCUUUUCACCCGCCUCGCCACUUCCCGCUGGUCCUUCACCCGGCACCUCCGGUCCGCGCUCCCCACGCAUCCCUCCGGUACAGUCGUAGGAAGCGCAACCUUCACUUCCACACCACUGCUCAACACACUCUUGUACGCAGAAGAAGGCGAUUUCACCACGGAUACAGGGCUGCGCUUCACUGCGAGACGGAAGUACGUGUACCAACUCGCCAGGCUUGAUGGUAGGGACGAGAAGGAGAAAGGGGACGGGAUUGUGGUGAAGUUCUUCGAUGACAGUGUGAGGAGGGAGGACGUUGGACAGGAGGGCGAGGGGGUGGGUGGGCUGUUUGUGGAGAUGGAUUCACUCAGCGACGUUGGGGAUGGCGAGGACGUGCUGGUGGCAAAGAACAAAGAGCAGCACCUAUGUGGUGAGGACUUGUAUAGUGCAAGCUGGCGCUUCUCGAAGGGGAUGCUGGAUGGGCCCAUGGCGGGGGAGAGAGGAGGGUGGUGGGAGGUUAGGUAUGAUGUUAAGGGGCCGAGGAAGGACUAUGUUAGUACGACGCGGUAUGAGUGUAUGUUAGAGGAAUAG